AUGUUAGAACCACAGAUUCCUACUCCCGUGACAAUUAUUGAUCUGACCAAGAAUCAAAACUUCUUGGCAAAUCGCUUGAAAAGGGUCCUCCCUUCGCUGGUCUCGAAAUCUCAGAGUGCCUUUGUUCCUGGAGGACUGAUUUUGGAUAAUAUUCUUAUGGCUUUUGAGAUUAUGCACCAAAUGAAAUCUCGUUCCCACGUUAACUGCUUCUGGGUGGAGUGGGAUUUUCCUAGGCUACUGAUGCUGAAGAUGGGCUUUCUGGAGAAAUGGGUUCAGCUGGUUAUGGCAUGUGUCUUCGGUCUCGUAUACUGUAAUGAUGAAUGGGUCUCCCCGUGGUCACAUUUUGCCGGGACGAUGACUUCGCCAAGGUGA